CACAUUCCAUGUAAGAUCCUAUAACCCCCCUCUUACCCUUUCUCUCUCUACCUCUUUUUAUCUAUGCACAUUAUAUAAGACCAUGAUUAUUUGACAAGUUUUUCUUCACUCCUUGUCCUUUUUUUCAUUCAAACAAAAUUUUAUUUGUGGGUUGGGAUCGAAACCCGAGGGGGGAAUGGGUUCAGUGCUUGUACAUGCUCUGUUCUUAACUCUGUUUCUGUUUUCCCACCAAACAAAAGCAAAGUUUUUUUACUCUUCGAGUAAUGAGACCAGAUUUGGAGUCAGCAACAUCGCAGGAACAUGCAACUUGUUCCAUGGAAAAUGGGUCUACGACUCUUCAUAUCCUCUCUAUGACCCUUCAACUUGUCCUUUCAUAGAUCCACAGUUCAACUGUCAAAAACAUGGUCGUAAAGAUGAACUUUACCAAAAAUUUAGAUGGAUGCCAUUUUCUUGUCCCUUGCCAAGGUUCAAUGGUUUGAAAUUUUUGAAAGGACAUAAAGGGAAGAAAAUUAUGUUUGUUGGCGAUUCUUUGAGCUUGAAUCAGUUCAAUUCAUUGGCUUGUAUGCUUCAUGCUUCGGUACCUAACUCUAAAGCCACAUUCAGACAAAGAGAUGCACUCUCCUCAGUCACAUUUGAGGACUAUGGGCUUGAGUUAUUUCUAUACCGUACAGCAUACUUGGUGGACCUUGACCAUGAUAAAGCUGGAAGGGUUUUGAAACUUGACUCAAUCACAAAUGGUGAAGCUUGGAGAGGGAUGGAUGUGCUUAUCUUCAACACGUGGCAUUGGUGGACCCACACUGGAAGCGCACAACCGUGGGAUUAUAUUCAAGAGAAUAAUAAAUUAUAUAAAGAUAUGAAUCGUUUCGUUGCAUUCUACAAAGGACUAACAACUUGGGCUAGAUGGGUUGAAAAGAAUGUUAAUCCAGCACAAACCAAAGUAUUCUUUCUAGGAAUUUCUCCUGUGCAUUACCAGGGGAGAGAUUGGAAUCAACCUUCAAAGUCAUGCAUGAGUGAGAAAGAACCAUUCUUUGGUUUGAAGUACCCAGGAGGAAUACCAAUGGCUUGGGUGGUUGUGAACAAGGUGUUGAGUAGGAUGAGUAAGCCAGUGUAUUUCUUAGAUGUGACAACAUUGUCACAGUACAGAAAAGAUGCACAUCCUGAAGGUUAUAGUGGUGUUAUGGCAACAGAUUGUAGUCAUUGGUGUCUUCCAGGACUUCCUGAUACUUGGAAUGAGCUUCUCAAUGCAGCACUUUCUCAUUGAACAACUAGAGGCUUCACAAAUGACCAACUUUGUUUAUAAAGUUCAACUUCUUUUAGAGGAAAAUGCAUUGUUUUCAACUGUAGGAAUUAUUUGAUUUCAGGUUUCACUUCUUGUAAUUGGCUAAUAAAAAAGGGUUUUAUUUGAUGCUCCAAUUAAUAUCUAAAUUGUAAAUGUUCAUUGUUUAGGCACAAAUUUGCCUUGAAUUGUACCAAAUAUGUUUUUUAAUCUUGAAAACUAUUCUCCUUAUGAGCAAUGUUUAUACCAAAAGUUUGUAGGA